AUGCCCCCAACACCGGCAGAUGAUACUGCCAGACGUAGGCGACCCAACAGAAAGUAUACGUCUCGAGCCUGUGAAGCAUGUCGACAGCGACGAGCCAAGUGUGAUGGCGUCCGACCGUCUUGCUCUCGCUGCAUUGACCGUGGCGUUGAAUGCGAGUACUCUACUGCAGAGGAUGGGCGACAACCGGCGCCCAAGUCUUAUGUAGUCAUGCUGCGCAACCGGAUUGAACUUUUGGAGCGUGUACUACAUGCCCAUGGUAUUGAUCCCGAUGCCGCUAUCCAACUGAUGAUCAAAACCGACAAUCCUGGUGCCGAGCCUGAUAUGAAGUCGGCACUAGCUUACUCCAAACUGGAUGAUGAGUUGUGUACGACGUUUGACGGCGCACUGACGCUCGACGAGUCACUAAAUUUUGAUCAAGAUGGCGAGGUGCGGUAUUUUGGUCCGACGAGUGGGCGAUUGCUGUUUCAAUCCUCGUCAAAUGAUGUGCAAGCCCAAGUAUCAAAUCAGUCAGAUUGCCCUUGCACAGGAACUUGUGAAAUCCUGCCAAAUGGGAGUACAGACUUGUUAGAAGAAACCUUGAUAUCAGAAGGCCUUCGAUCUCAUUUGAUUGAUCUGUUUUUCGAGUGGGAACAGCCCUGGCUCCAAGUGGUGAACGAAGAACUGUUUCGAGAGUCCAUGAACCAUUGCGGACGAUAUUUCAGCCCACUUCUUCUGAAUUGCAUCCUUGCCUUAGGGUCACGAUACUGUGAUCGCAUCCAAGUGAGAUCAGAUCCUGAUGAUUCAAACACAGCUGGCAAAAUGUUUCUUGAGAAUGCAGAGAGCUUGAUCCAGAACGAUCUCAGAUGGCCCAAGAUCACAACAAUACAGUCAUUGGCGAUCAUGGGAAUGGUCUACAUUGCAAUGGGAUCUGAUGCCUCGGGGCGGCUUCAUCAAGGUAUGGCAAACCGAUUAGCCCUGGAUAUGGGCCUAAAUAUGGACCCUUCCGUCCUUUCCGGAGCAGUUGCUCUUCCUGCUGUCGAGAUUGAGUUGCGACGACAAAUUUAUUGGGCACUGUAUUGCCACGAUAAGCUGUCAGCAAGCUACACAGGCAGGGUGUGCACGUUACUGGAUUCACAAGGCGCCGUCAACAAACCAUUUCCUUUAUGUGCUUCGGAUGUCUAUUUGCCCUCAGCAAGUGGAAAUGGACAAUUAAGGGCUGCCUCGCAAAGAGAAGUGGUGCAGUUGCAUAGGGCGAUGAUCGACCUAUGUCGUAUAUUCGAGAAAGUCCUUCUCUCAUUCUGGUCUCCAAAGCCACUCAUUCAACCCGAACAACGUUCUGCAUUUUUUGAGUCCUGUGUUCUUGAACUCAAGAGCUGGUAUUACGAUCUCGCACCAGAGCUGAAAGUUGACCGUCCAUCGGGCCCCUCUCGAUUUCCUCACGCCUACACCUUGUACAUGGUAUACCAUACUGUGUGCAUUUUGCUUUGCGUGCCAUUCUUUAGACACAACUCUGAUAGAAAAGAUGUUAAAAAUCCAGCAGACCUACACGAACAACAGAACCUCAAUGACAAAGCCCCGGAUGCUGAAUCUAUCCAAAAAGUCGUGUCGAUUUGCAGCGAUUCCGCCCGACGGAUGUGUACCGUGGCUGAGAAAUACAGACAGGUCUUCGGAAGCUUCAAACUGAGUCCCAUAACAUCUACGCACUGCAUGCUUUCAGCGGCAUUGAUCAUCAUUGAACAAUGUUGUACUGAUCCAGCGAUCAGAUCCCGCAGCGGAAAUCAAGCCCUGCAAAGCCCGUCAUCACGGGCAGCCGUUGGGCUGUGUCUUCAGGUUUUGCGAGAACUCUCGACGUCCUGGAACAUUGCGAAGCGUAUUGGGCGGAAUCUAGAGGAAUUGUAUUGCCAACGACUAAACAGCGACAUUGAUCAUAUGCCACCUCCCGUUUCAUGGGAAUUCAACACCAAUUUCAAGAUUCCAUCUCACUCGGACGCAUAUGUUUGUCCUGGAGACAUUGACCUAUUAUAUGAAAGACACAACGGUCUGUUGGACCCGAAUGAUCCACAUGUUGACAAUGCCCCUUCCGUCCCACCACUUGCAAACCUUGGUUGGUUUGAUGUUCCGCCUUCUAGAAGCAUACAUGCGGAUAUUACCAAUGAUGCGGUCGAAUUAGGGGUGGCUUUCAAUCCCGAAGAGUUAUUUGUGAACAACCUCGGCUUUGCGUUCUCAGCUGACUGCCUACCUAGCGACUACAACAUGUUUGAUACCUUGAAUCAAAUGUAUUUACAGGAUAUACGGUAA